AUGGGCUCUGUCGGGAGCCAGCGCCUCAAGGAGCCCGGCAUGGCGGGCACGCCGGACGGAGGCAUGAUGGUGAGCUUCAGCUUCGACAGCUACCAGCUGGAGGAGGUGGCGACCGAGGCAGCCCAGGGCCCUGGCGUCGGGGCCAGGGGCGUCGCGGCAUUCGUGGACUCCGUUGAGCUUGGGACAGCCAGCCCUUUCCCUGGGCCAGCUGACUGCGAGGUCAGACUUGCAGAGCAGGCAGCCUGCAGGCCUGGUCUGAAGGCUCGGGGUCCACACCCCGACUCCCGCCUCAGCGCAUGGGAGCCCUCGAGCAAGUCUCUUUGCUCUCUGGAAAAGGAAGAUGCUGGCGUCUCAUCUGCGACGUGUGGCUGCAGCUCUUCUCCCGGGACCAGGCCUACGCCAUCAACCUGGCGGCAGUGGGCACUGUGGCCUUCGGCUGCACAG